AAUUUUCUUCCUACAUCGAAUCCUACAUUAAGCAAACAGACGGAGAAAGUAUAAUGUGUCUCAAAAUUGUUAAUUUUUAGGCCGACUAGGAAUAUAUAACUUAAUUCGCAAAUAGUGAAUUUAGUCUGGAUGUCUAUUCCCAACCUUAGGUGAGGAAGAAAAUGUCGAUUUAUUUUAGCGGAACAUUUACACGUUCGGCGGGACUUUUAAGCGCUAUUACUAAACAAGUGAACCAGAUCAACUUAAAAUCUGUAAAGAAAAUUCAAGUCCAAUUCGACCCUUUCCAUCCAAAUGCUGUUACUGCGAGAAAUUUUCUUUACUACAUCUCUAUUCCCAAAGUGCAAGAGACCAAUCUAAAUUGUAUUUUGAAAACCAAUGUUGUAUGUGAUCGAAGUGAACCUACAAUUAAAGUAGACUUGACAGAUUCCGGAGAGACAGUUCAAUUCUUGGCAAACAAUUUAUCCUUAUUAGAAGUUCUGCAAUAUUUUAACAAACAUAUAAGUUCCAAGGCCAAAGUAGACGAAACCACAACUUCUCAAGUGCAAACUACGAAGCAAGCAAGAAGAAGAAAAUAGGAUGCCUAAAAACAAAGACUACAAUCUAAAGUUGAUCCAUACUGUUUAUAAUCAGCUUCCAGCUUUUACAGAUAUAUUCGAUGAAGAUACUUUUUAUAUGUUUGUGUUUAUCUUCAUUAUAUCAACAAUA